AUGUGGCAACGGGGGGUGUUGUGGCCUGAGGGAUGGGUGUUUUGGUUCAAUGCAGUGGAGAAUAAGUCCUACCUCUGGGGAAGACAACCGUGGCAUUGGUAUAUCACCAAUGCUACUAUACGGGGGCUUGGACCACUACUUUUGUUAAUACCACUAGCAGUCAUCCGGCCACCU